AUGACUGGCCAGUCUGACUAUCAUAAGGACCAGGCUGGUCAAAAGGCCGAAUUAACGAAGGCAAUCCAAGAAGGUCUGGCGAAGGAAGCCCUAGAAAUAUAUGGAUCACAUCCUCCACUUGACGCUUCGAAGAAACAAAUCCGUUUGUUAUCAGUAUACGACAACAUGGAUCCAAGUUCAUUACUGACUGGAGAACUUCACGUCGCCAACUUGGACACUGAUUACACGGCAUUGUCGUACGUCUGGGGGGACUGGCACAAUCGACGUCCAAUUCGAAUCAACGGCGUUGACACCACCAUCACAGCUAGCUUAGAGAUUGCCCUAAACCGGCUUCGGGCAGAAAAGAAGGCCACCAGUAUCUGGAUUGAUGCCAUCUGCAUCAAUCAGACAGACAGUACAGAAAAGAGUUACCAAGUGCAGAUGAUGGGUGACAUCUAUCUACAUGCGAACUUAUGGACAUUUUUAUGGUUGGGUGAAGCGGAGAAUCACAGCGACGAGGCCAUGAAGUUGUUAUCUAUAGUUGAUAAACCCUAUUUCGACGACUACGACCCCGAGAUCCCGUCGCUGGCAUUGGAGGGCCUCGGACAUCUGCUCAAGAGAGAUUGGUGGAAGAGAAUGUGGGUAAUUCAAGAGAUGAUG